CUUCACAACCGGGAACACAAACAUAUACAGUGGAGCGGCUAAUGAGAAUAAAACGUAUUCAAGGUGUUCAACACUACCUAACCAAAUGGAUGGGUUAUCCUACACCUACAUGGGAACCACAUACAAAUUUUCGAGCAGACCUUUUGAAGGACUUUCAUAUCCGCAGGACACAGUCUGGACGCAGACGAAAAAGAGGUCGCAAAUAUUUUUCAUAAAUCAAACUAUGACUUCCUGUGUGUCCGUGACAUGUCUGAGACUCGUGACAAUGUGAGUGAGUUUUCUACAACAUAAUUACUUAUGUUAUAAAUGUACGAGUUGGGAUUGUUGAUGGCCACAACAUAUCUCAAUUUUGGAUCACCCACUGAUGUAUUCCAUUGGUUUCAUCCUGUCAUAGGUUCUACCAUGGGGAGACUGCUUGUUUGGCUAUUGAUGAUAUGCACAUCUCCUGUCCUCACGGUGAAACUGGUUCAACGACUGAAUUAUGGAUUUCUUUCCAAACCUGCUCCUCCAUCUCGCAACUGAAUACUGGAUACAUAUGUAUGAGGUAAAACUACCCCAGAUGCCACAGAUAUCACAGAUAACAAGAUGUUACAAGCAUAACGCUACAUGUUUACUUAUUGCACAGAUUCAAACACACCUCAAUGCAAUAAAACGACGAACCAUUUCUCAGUUAAAUGGUACUCUUGAUCAAAUUAAGGAACUUAUACCAGAAGCAACCUAUCCAAGCUCAACUCGUUCAACACGGGCCCUGCUUAGUUUUGUUGGAAGCUUUGCAAAGACAUUUUUUGGCACAGCUACAACAGACGAUGUUAACAUUCUUGCAAAACACAUCAACGCACUUACCAAAACAGAACUGAAUACUGCAAAUGCCUUUGCACGUCACGCUAAACAUCCAUCAUCCUUUAUGUCUUUGGAAGAUACUCAUUUUAGUAAUGUCAUGAAAGGAAUAGAAGCCAAUCAUGAUGCUAUUCAAAUUGCCACAGCAAAUAGCGCUCAAAAUAUACUAUCUCUAAGAUUAUCUUUUAUCUCUAUAACAGCUCUUCUCAUGGACCACAUACAACAGGCAUCAAUAGUCAUACAACAACUGUAACAACAAAAAUUAGGUGUUUUAGAAUUAGCAAAUGGUAAAUUGUCUCCUCUCCUAAUUCCCUCAAAAAUCAUUCGCCAAACUAUUCACCAUGUCUCUAAAAUCCUAGCCAGAGAGUACAACUCAUUUACCAUAAUACAACAAGAUCCAACAUUCUAUUAUACACAAGGAAAGUUCAUAUAUACACGUAGUCAAAAUAGCCUUUACAUUUCUGUCAAAUACGUUAUAUCUUCACUUCCAAAACCUCUCAGUCUGUAUAAGAUAGUCUCCCUUUCGGUUCCAGUAAAUGACACUUCACUGCACGCCACACAACUACUGGGAUGACCUGCAUUGUUUGCCAUAUCUGAUAAUAAUCAACGUUACACUACGUUAGAUGCAGCACAGUUUGCUCAGUGUACAGGCAACCAUGUUCUUCACUGCCCGUAUAGAUUAGCUCUAAAACCGACCACGGUAUCUUCAUGUGAACUUGCAUUAUUUAAAAAUAAUCGGAUGGAAAUAAAAAAGCUCUGUAAUUUUAGAUACAUUACCCAGCCUGAACCUUCGCAAUUGAUAAAAAUAGAUGAAUCAUCUGUCUUAGUUUAUCGUAUACCCCUGCUUUCAUUAAAAUGUCCAUGCACCCAAAGUAUUAUAGAAGGUUGUACAUUCUGCAUUAUAGCUAUACCAUCCUAUUGUGCUCUCUCCACAGAAGAAUUGGUUUACCCAGCACCGUUUGGUUCAUGCGUGAAUCAAUCUACACAUGUUACACUACUUCAUCCUGUCAAUCUGGCACUUCUUCAGCAUUUCUUCAAUGCCUCUGCUCUUUCCAGUAUUGCAGGUGACACAACAUUUACAAAAGCUAUUUCAAUAGACAUACCUGAUUUUCAUAUUUAUUCACACAAUUUCUCUAGUAUGCUAGCACAAGAUAAACAAGAUCACCUUAGCCUGAAACGAAUGGUACAGAGUGCUAAACAAGAUAGAACAAUAUUUAAGACACUAGCGGAACCACUUCUUGAUGGUCAAAUUAAUUUAACGCCCACUUGGCCAGACACAAACGAUAUUACUACCAUAGUAAGUUCAGCAUUCUCCAUUAUAUCUAUAUUACUGGUGAUAUGGAUGUUUUUCAAAGUUAGAACUAUGUGUGCUGCCCUACUCUUAAUAACUACAACAGUGCCUUGUAAAGCUAUGGAACUGCCAUCGUUUCACUACCAAGCAGCCACAACACCACAAACAGACUCAUUUGUACUAACAGAUCUCACAGACUAUCACAUCUCUGUCAUGCUUGGAAUCAUCUCUAUCUUAAUGAUCACACUCAUCAUUAUCUUAAUUAUCAAACAACGCCAGUCACACCAACAUUGCAUAAUGGUAGAAAUUACUUCGGGUCCACUAUGUAUCACUAUUCCUAUAAUGCCCUUGACCCUGUGUCCAUCCUACUGGUUAAUCAAACCUCCUAACUAUAUAAACAAUCUACAAAUCUUGGGAUAUUUAUUUCCUACACUAGGUGUUAACUGGCCUGGAUUUCUUAUAACGAACAAGCUCACCCACAAAUCAUUUGCACUCCCAUCACAAAUACGCAUUUUCUUCUUCACAGCUAGGAAGCUACGUAAUCUCUUCCAGCAGCCAGUUACAGCCUAUAUUUUACUUCUCCAUCAUGGGUUGUUUUAAAGUUAUUGACCCAGAGUCCUCGGUCAAUACAUAUUAAACGGCUAGCUCCUUACUACCUAGAACAGUGUUGACAUGUGACAUAGGGCAAUACUCAUGUAUAUAUUUCGUUAGUAUUAAAAUGUAUAUAAAUAUAGUAUGUAUGUAUGUAUGUAUGUAUGUAUGUAUGUAUGUAUGUAAUUAUGCAUCUUUAUGUUUAGAUGUAUACUAGUAUGUUCUUUCAUUAUUAAUAACUUAUUUUGGCUUUUGAGGACAAAAGCUAUAUGCCGCACGGGGGUACUAUCACAGUGCCAUUUACCACCCCAAGGCAGACCUGCACAAAACACGUAACGCUGACAAUACAGUGCAGCAAUAAACAGAGUAAGACUUAUCAAUUAACAACCGGCGGCUAAUCAGCAAUGAAUACAGUAAACAAAUUAACAGGGAUAAACUUAAAGACGGCAGCUAGGUACGCCAAUCAACUAUACAUUAAUUAAACAAAAUGAAGGGUUUAUACUGAUAGGCGACACACACACAAAACAUUAUCUAGACAGUAUGUCGCCAUUAGCAAUAUAACCUUUAAUCAAGAAAUAAGACGUGUACGUAACCAUAUGAAUCGAGCUAUAUUUAAGCAAGACGCAAAUGUGCUUCAGACACACACAUCUGAUUCCGCAAUAAAGACGACUCGAUUCAUUCUCUCUUCAUUUUAUAACUAGUUAAGUCAUUUUAACUAUAUAUUUCGUACAAUGUUUAUUUUUAUGCAGUUAUUAUCUAUGUCGAUCUCACAUUCAUGUUUAUAUAUUUCUAUGCUGUAACACAUACCUUAGAACAUAACAUGUGUUAAUGGUUACACGCAUUAUGCGUUAGUUACACGCACGUAUGAAUGGUAACAUGCCUUAUAUACACAGAUGUUAUUUAUUAUCUAUUCAUACUACUUAUUAUUACAAUGAAUAAGCAUUUAUUAUUACAUUUCAUGGCAAAUGUAAUAUUUCUAUUUGUUAGUCAAAACGUAUGUAUUGCAAUGUAGACACACACACACAUCUGAUUCCGCAAUACAGAUGAUAUACGCUCGAUUCAUUCUCUCUUCAUUUUAUAACUAGGCUGACUCCAGUUGCUCCCUACUACAUCCCCCAGAGUAGGUGUUUUUUUGUUGUUGUUUUUGUUAUAUUUUUUUUUUUGCCCCCAGAUCAGUUGACAGUGUCAAGGUUGGGAAGCCUUGAAUCACUGCCUUACAAAAAUACUUGUAUAUAUUCAUACCUUCUAGUUACAUACAUUUGAAUUUGUUAAAAACAAUACAUAAAUAUGAAUACAAUAAUGGUUUUGAUCUGAGGGGGACAGGGGAUAGAGAAUGGACAGAUGAAAUGAAUGGGGUAAAAAAGAGGAAAGAUAAACAGAAACUAAAAAAGAGAGAAAGAAGCAUGUAUUAUUUACUCGUAUUGUAGAUUAAGAUUGGUUUUCUGGUUCUACUGAAUUUUUAGUAUAUCCAAGCAAGCCCAGAUGUUCCUUUAGGUUAACAAAAUGUGCAGUUAUGAGAUUGAAGAAAGUAGUAUCAAUUAAUUCUCCGAUUUUCAAGCAAAAAGAUUCAACCAUUUCUCCCAAUGUUCAUUAAAUUUGUCAUACUGGCAAUUUUUAAAAUAGAUACAUCUUUCUAUUUGGAAUUUAGUGUUCAGGAUAUUUUCAAUGGCCUUUUUGUGCAAACUUUGUUUAAGUAUUUUCAUGUUGUCAAUGUAAUAUUUUAUACUGACAGUUAUCCAGUUUACUACGUAUCUUAGGUCACCAUCUGUCAUUCCAAACAUAACUACAUUUUUGCUUAGUGGGAUGCAAAGACCAGUUUUUUUCAAAAAUCCAUUUUUUAACUGCUUCCCAAAGGUUUCUUACUUCAAUGCAGUCGUAAAAAAGGUGUUGCAAUGUCUCCGGUUCAUUAUUACAAAAAAAGCAUUUGUUUGAAUCGACAUAAUGUAUCAUAUGAAGAAAAGUAUUAGUAGCCAGAAUUCUGUGUAACAGUCUGUAUUGAAACCACCUUAAAGUUGUAUCUUUUAAACAAUAGAAAGGUAGAGCAUAGUAUUUUUCCCACGUACAACAGUCGUAUGUCAAUCCUUUGUUUGCAUAUUUUAUCUGUGACUUUGAAGUUAUGUGUUUUUUAUUCAACAUAUUGUACAGAUCUUUACAUCCUGCAUUUGUGUUCAGUAUAAUUUUCAUUUUGAAAGGUCAAAUUGGAAUUUUAACAGAUGUGAAUGUUUUGUCAUUAAUAUUGUUUAAUGAACGUAGUUAUUACAAACAAAGGUAACCCGAAAAACAAGACGGUUACACUAUGAUAGAAUGUUUGCUCCUCUGAUGACAUUAAUAGUUAGGCGAUCUCUGAGGGAGAUGGAAUAAAACCAUUUGGAAUGGUUCGUGAGGCAUUGCACUACUUUGUAAUACUUCUUUUUGAAAUAUUGUAAAAAGUCCUUAUUAAAUAGUGGUUGCAUAAUAGCUUUAAUCUUCUGUGCUGGCUUAUCAUUGAACAAGGAUAUCAAACCUCAAAUCUAGCCUCACCAUAUUCAGUUACUAUUGCAAAAUACAAAUACAACCACAGUUUUAAUAUCAACCCGUGUCUUGUCACUAUCAACGUUUAUCGUCAGCAGUCUUCAUACUAUUUACAAAUCUUUUUAUAUAUAAAUAUACAGUUGAACCAAUCUCAAACUAAUUUGGGCUGCAUUCAUUUACAAAUUUGUAGUAACAGAUGUCGCCCCCACAUUAAAAAUAAAAGCACGCCCC